AAAUCUCAAAGAAGAAGAAGAAGAAGAAGAAGAAGAAAUUGAAGAGGAAUUAAUAAAAAAGGGAAUUGAAUGGCUGUAGAGUAUAGCUGUUGUGAAACAGCAUUCAUCAUUCGGAUAAUACUUAUAACUUUGCUAGUAUUGUUCGCUGGGCUCAUGUCUGGGCUCACGUUGGGGCUCAUGUCGAUGAGCCUGGUCGAACUUGAAGUUCUUGUCAAGUCUGGAACACCCAGUGAUCGUAAACAUGCGGCGAAGAUAUUGCCAGUUGUGAGAAGGCAGCAUUUAUUGCUUUGCACCCUCUUAAUCUGCAAUGCUGUUGCAAUGGAGACGCUUCCAAUUUUUCUGGAUAGUUUGGUCACAGCCUGGGGUGCUAUCGUUAUUUCAGUAACUUUGGUACUUUUGUUUGGUGAGAUUUUACCCCAGGCUGUUUGCACUCGAUAUGGUUUGGCAAUUGGUGCAGCAGUGGCUCCAUUUGUCCAGAUACUUGUUUGGAUUUGUUUCCCUGUUGCUUAUCCAAUAAGCAAGCUAUUAGAUCGCUUUCUGGGGAAAGACCAUGAUGCACUUUAUCGUCGAGCUGAACUGAAGACAUUAGUUGAUUUGCACAGUAAUGAGGCUGGAAAAGGUGGAGAACUGACACGAGAUGAAACAAUGAUCAUUGCAGGAGCGCUUGAACUUACUAAAAAAACAGCAAGGGACGCAAUGACUCCUAUAUCUAAAACUUUUGCAAUUGACAUCAAUGCCAAACUCGACAGGGAUUUGAUGAAACUAAUUUUGGAGAAAGGGCAUAGCAGAGUGCCAGUAUAUUAUGAGCAACCGAGAAACAUCAUCGGACUUAUAUUGGUGAAGAACUUAUUAACUGUCCAUCCAACUGAUGAAGUACCUGCAAGGAAUGUCACUAUUCGCAAGAUUUUGAGGGUGUCAGAAAAUAUGCCUCUGUAUGUCUUACUAAAUGAGUUUCAAAAAGGUCAUAGCCAUAUGGCUGUUGUUGUUGGAGAGCACGGCAGUCAAAUAGAGCAGCCAUCAACUGAAAACCCAACUGAUGUAAGAGAAGUGAGGGUGGACAUUCAUGUUGAAAGGUAUCCUCAAGAGAAAAGUCUGAAGAGCAGGAGAGCACUUAAGAAGUUGAAGAGUCUAUCAAUGAAUAGAGGAUUAUCCAAGACCAAGAGCAAGACCAAGAGCAAGAAAUGGUCGAAGGACUUCCACCCAGAAGUCCUGAAUAUCAAUGAUGAGCUACUUCCAAAUUUCAGCGAAGAAGGGGAAGCUAUUGGUAUUAUAACACUGGAAGAUGUCAUUGAAGAGGUCCUACAGAGACAUACAGGCAAACAACAAGCUUCUUUUGCUACAGAGACGCAUAAUAGGCAUACAACAACAACAAGCUUCUUUUACUACAGAGACAAACAGGCGUAAAAAAAGCUUCUUUUACUAAGAGGCAUAUAGGCACACAACAUUGUUCUAACUAUAGGAAGAUGAUAAAGAUUUGUACUGUGACUCCAUUAGACUCUAGAAAUGAAUGAUACAUAUAAUUGAA